ACAAAGCCAAAAUACUUUGCCAUCCCUCGAGAAGAAAACUAAGAUUAGAUUCUGUUUCACCUUUAAGUUUUUAACGUUUUCUGUCCGCGUUCUCUCUCCCUCCCGCAAAGCGAUCCCAUCUCCGGUAGAGGGGGAGAGAGAGAGAGAGAGAAUCAAUGGCUGCGGCAUGUGUAAUAACGGUGUCACAGGAUGGGAACGGGGACUAUGGCACGGUGCAGGAUGCAAUAGACGCGGUUCCACUCGGCAAUACGCGUCGGACGGUGAUUCGCGUCUCGCCGGGCAUCUACAAGCAGCCGGUGUACGUGCCGAAGACCAAGAACUUCAUCACCCUCGCUGGUCGCAACCCCGAGGAUACCGUGCUCACCUGGCACAACACCGCCUCCCAAAUCGACCACCACCAGGGCUCUCGGGUGAUCGGGACUGGAACGUUUGGUUGUGGAAGCACUAUUGUGGAAGGGGAGGAUUUCAUUGCUGAGAAUAUUACUUUUGAAAACUCUUCUCCUCAGGGUUCUGGCCAAGCUGUGGCAAUUAGAGUAACAGCCGAUCGAUCCGCGUUCUAUAAUUGCAGAUUUCUUGGGUGGCAGGAUACUUUGUACCUGCAUCAUGGAAAACAAUAUUUAAAAGAUUGCUAUAUUGAAGGAAGUGUGGAUUUCAUUUUUGGCAAUAGCACUGCACUCUUGGAGCAUUGUCAUAUCCACUGCAAAUCUGCAGGAUUCGUAACUGCACAAAGCAGAAAAUCCUCUCAGGAGACAACUGGUUAUGUUUUCUUAAGAUGUGUUAUCACUGGCAAUGGAGGGACUCCGUAUGCAUGUCUUGGACGACCAUGGGGUCCUUUUGGAAGGGUGGUCUUUGCAUACACAUAUAUGGAUGCAUGUAUCAAACAUGUAGGGUGGGACAACUGGGGCAAAGCGGAGAAUGAGAGAAGUGCUUGCUUUUAUGAAUACAGGUGUUUUGGGCCGGGGAGUAACCCUUCAAAACGGGUCACAUGGGCUAGAGAAUUGGUAGAUGAAGAAGCAGAACAAUUCAUCAUGCAUCAUUUCAUUGAUCCGGAUCCAGAAAGACCUUGGCUUGCCCAGAAAAUGGCCUUGAGGAUUCCAUAUUCUGCUUAGAAGUUAAUAGAAGGUGACCUGCUGAAGAUUCCCAGCAACUAAUGGGAGAACUGAGUUUGUUGAUAUCUUACAUGCGUGUUGUGAUAAAUCUGCGUGAUAAGAAUUUAGUGUUGUCUUUCAAUGUUUUUAUGCUAUAGAGUUGUAAAGAAUUAUAUCUGAUCUCUAUGUACUUGUUUAAUAUGUGCUACUAUGAACUAUUCAUACUACUGUUUUAAAAAAGAUGUUAUCAUUUUUUAGCAA